CUCUCUCUCUCUCUCUUCCUCGCUCAACCCCUCCCGCUUCCUUUCUCCCCACUCCAUCCGCGCUCUCUGAGAAACUUCUCAUUUCGUUCUCAGGAUAACGCACGGGUAGCAUCAUGGCUCUUCAGAAACUCGCACAGCUGAACUCAGCUCGAGUACUUGGCAUUUUACUGUUAUUAACCACCCAAGGGGUGUUGGCAGAGGUGACUGUGUCUAUGAAGGAUGUGGUCGAGGUUCAGCUCGGAGACACGGCGACUAUCCAGUGCACCCCCCGCUUCUCUGAAGAGACCAAGACCGUCCUGGUGCAGUGGUUCAUUAUGGGGCUGGACCGCAGGGAGAGGAUCUACUACAUGGACGGCAUUGACAGCGUGGCGGACAACGGGACAGAGUACACUGACCGCAUCAGCGUACAGGAAGAAGACUACACCCUGGCCAUCAGCAACGUGGGGCUGAGCGACGAAAGAGCUUUCAUCUGCCAGGUCGGGGGCAUGUCAGCCGGGAACGGAGAGAACCGCACCGAGCUCAGAGUCUACGAUGCCCCAGAAUUCCCUGAAAUUGAGGGCACGCGUUCCGGGCUCUCAAUCACCAGCAAUGAACUACAGAAGGUUGCAUCCUGCGUUUCCAGAAAUGGGUACCCAGAGCCCCAAAUCACCUGGUACAAAAACCGCUCCCCACUGCAGACCGAGGAAGAAAAGACGGAGGUCAUGCAUCAGGUGACGCGAGAGGCGAGCGGUCUGUACACAGUCAGCAGCUCUCUACUCUACAAGGUGUCGAAGGAGGACGUGAACUCCACAUUCUACUGUGAGGUCAGCUACAGGAUGCCAGGAUCAGAGCACAUGAUGGAGUCCACAGCAAUCAACGUGACUGUGCACUACCCCACACUGAACGUGCAGUUGAUCAGGGAGUCCCCAAAAGGUUUGGUGAAGGAGGGGGAUGAGGUGGAGCUUCGCUGCAUCGGAGACGGGAACCCCCCUCCCCCCUACACCUUCCACAAGCUCUCGCCCAGCACCGAGGAAGAAGAGGACCUGCCCGUGGACACAGACGUCCUGAUCUUGAGGGGGGUGACGCGGGUGGACAGCGGGAUGUAUCGCUGCAAGUCCCUGGACGUGGAGACCUACAUGGAGAUGAGCUCGGAGCUCAAGGUCGUUGUAAACUACCUGGAUCCCAUCGUUCUGACCCCCUCAGGUUCGGCUGAGCUCCUACUGGGCGAGACGCUGACAGUGUCAUGCAAUGCUCUCAGCUCCCAGGAGACCAGGGUAGUCUGGAUGAAGGAUGGUCAGGAGAUGGGCCGGGGCAGCACCCUCACGCUGGCCAAUGCCAGUUUCGACUCCGCUGGAGAUUAUAUCUGCAAGGUUACUGUGCCAGCAGUACCUGGGCUGCACAGGAGCAGCUCUGUCAGAGUCAGUGUCCUGGGGAGUCCUGUCGUGCUACAGCCGGUUCAGCUGGAAGAGCUAGAAGGUAGUAAAGUCAACCUGACCUGCAAGGCGACCGGAUUCCCAGAGCCAAGCAUCUCCUGGGAGGUUUCUGGCACUAAGGACUACCAGGAGGUGGCGCACCAUGUAGGCAAGAACACAGCGGUGAGCGUGAUGUCAGUCAUUGUGACCCCUGACCUCAAGAUCACCUGCAAUGCCUCCAACUCUCUGGGCAGCAAUGAGGGCCACUUCAGAAUCACGCUGAUUUCUGUCACCCCGCCAUCCCCCUUCUCCACAGUUCAACCAGUGAAAAAAGAGGGCAGCGGCGUGAUCAUCGUGGGCAUCAUUGUGGGCAUCCUGCUGCUCGCCAUCCUGGGCAGCGUCCUCUACUUCCUCUACAAGAAGGGCAAGAUUCCCUGCGGGCGAACCGGCAAGCAGGAAAUCUCUCGAGCGGACUCUGGGAAAGACGACAUCGUUGUGGAGAUGAAGACUGACAAGACCGAGGAGGCGGGGCUACUACAGGGUGUCAACGGCGACAAGAAGCCCCCUAGCGACCAGUGCGAGAAGUACAUCGACCUACGGAACUGAGUGAGCGAGAGAAAAAGAAAGAAAGAAAAAGACGACUCAAAAAGCAGAACGGCCCGUCCCUCAUCCUUACAGCCCCUUCCGCUCCUCACAUUGUUCCCUAUUAGUUCCUAUAUUCCACGUAAUCCCUUCCCAAACUAAACCCUCUCUCUCUCAUGUCUCCUGUGCUGUGAACUGUGCUUUUGCUCCUCUCCCCUCGCUCAGUACAGCCGGCCUCGUACUCUGAAGAGGGCAGCAGCUGAAACGUUUCUCUGCUCAACUUGUUUCUUAUAGUCUGGUCUGCUUGCCUGCCUCUUGAAGACAGACGGGAGAAUUGGCAUCCACUGGAGAGGUAGAAACACACCCAGUCCCCCUGGGAAAGCAGAACCACAAGGACUGCAUAAAGCUUGGAUUCAAUCAAAACCAAUGGCGCCUCUAUAGCUAUGGGCAAGUCAGGUUUGUGGACUACUGAAGUGUAUUACUGUACCAAACAUUGUGUUCUUUGCACAAUACCCAGAUAGAGCAGCUCUAGAACUAUAUCAUGGCUAUAGCGGGGCGGUCGUUUUGAUUGAACCCAGGGCUGCCGGGUUAUGGCAGACUGUGUUACUGCAGCUAGAACAGACACACAGCCCGGUUCCGAUCCCGUGAAACGUUUCCACGAACGAAAAGACCGUUUCUCCAAAAAUACACACAGAGACGACAGUUCAUCGAACCCAUUUUAUCAGUAACCAGUUCGGAAUAGCUGCAGACCUGGUGGGCUUUUCUCAGGAAGUGGUUACACACACAUCAGGAACACGUUUUUAUAACGGGAAGAUUGUCCGGGAGAGCUGCCUCGCGGUUGUGGCUCUCGCGUCACAGCGGGUCACGGCUGUUUCUUGCAGAUUCUGAACCCGUUUCUAAUCAAGGUUCUGUUAUUUCACUCUUAGUAAAUUCAUCCCCAGUUUUACUCUCUUCUGAAACUUGUAAUACUGUGUGAAUAAGCCAGGUUAAAGAGGUCAAGGCUUAUUACUGUGAUAGGUAUGCCAGUACUAGAGCUCUGGUUCAAACACUAUAUAUUAUAGAGCCCAUGUGAAGAAAGGGCGUUUUGCAUUGUUAGAAUCCCCCAGAAUGAAGCUUCAUGUCUCUGCUCUUCCCUUUAGCAAAGCCUGCUACUGUGGAGCGCCUGUGUGGUUUGUAUGUAUUUAUAUUUCACAGAGUAUAGAGUAGUUGAUGGUUGGGGCUGGUGAAGCGACAGAGGCCCUGUAAGGGUUAGCAUCACGUUGCAGAACCCAAGUUCUUUGAAGAAAACUUAAGUAGCAUUAGCACUGAAUUGCUUCAUUUUCUGUUUGAACCCAGACAGGAUUUAGUGGUGGCUUAGAGCACUGGGCUGCAGCGUGGAAGAUUGGGGUUUGGAGUAGCUCAGUGGUUGCUGGGCUGCAGCGUGGAAGAUUGGGGUUUGGAGUAGCUCAGAGGUGAGAGCACUGGGCUGCAGCGUGGAAGAUUGGGGGUUGGAGCAGCUCAGUGGUUGCUGGGUUGCAGUGUAGAAAGCAUACUGCGAAAAGGAGGUAGCUAGUUGGUGUAUAUGUUUAUACUGUUCGUUUUAUUUCGUUUUGUGUUUCUGUUUUUGAGUUUUUGUAGUCGUUUUAUUAUUAAGCCUUAAGUUCUACUGUCAUACACAGAGAGGCUGCAACUUUUACUGUCCAAAUUCAUCAGAUACAGCAGGCAGUGCAGAUCACAGAACUGUGUUUCCACGAGGCAAAGUGUACCGGCAGAAUACGAGUGCGGCGCUGGUGUCGCUCUGUUUGUAGCUAAAGCCAAAGGAAUGGACAGUAUUAGACCCUGCCCCUGAUUUAACAGCUACCAUUGGCUGACAAACAUGAGGGUUGCCUUGGCAACCCUUAGAAUUAUAGCAGAGCAAAGAACUCUGGAACUCAAACCUUUCUAAGCAUCAUUCAUAGAAGAUGCUGUAGCUGAAGAGUUUUCACUGUGGUUGAGAAGAAUUAGUAAAUUAUGUUUAAAAAGCAAAAAAAAACUGCCUUGAUUUUUUUAUAUUUUUAUAUAUAUAUACUUCUAUUGUGUUCCUGUUUUGUUUUUUUUUUAAAAAAACAUUGACGUUAUUGUUGCAAAAUAUAAAUAAAUACAUAAA